AUGGGUGAGUUGGUUGAUGUUUCUCUCUUUCUCGAUAAUAGUACUAUUGCUUCUCUUCGCGGGAAGGUUUUUGGUCAUGAUGGCUCAAUCUUGACGUUCAAAGAAGGUGUGAUCGCCAAGAAAAGCCGACCGAGAGAAUUUAUCUUCUAUAGAAACAAAAAAUCAUGGAUUAAUGAUUUAGUAAAAGAAAAUAUAUUCCCUAAAGUUAUUGGCCUUGCAUAUAUCGAAAGUCAGGAUGGAGAUAAUUAUAGAUUUAAGCUUGAUCCUACUUUGCUUACUAAUGAAAACGAAAUGUUACCUUGGCUUAUGUUAGAAGAUCUUCAAAAAGGAUACGCAAAGCCGGCUGUUCUUGAUGUAAAAUUGGGAACUCGAACAUGGGAAAUGGGCGCAGCGAACGAUAAAGUUUUGAGGCAUAAAAUGAAAUGCUCUCAAGGCACUACAGGUUCAUUGUAUUUUCGUGUUCGCGCUGCGAUGUGGUAUUCUCCAAAUCCAGAUGAUUGGCCAAAAGACGGAGAUGCCUCACUUUUAAAGAGAGACUUUGGAACAACAUGUACUAAGGAAGAGCUAAUGAAGUUCUUCUCAGACUUUUUCCAUGUUAAGGAUCUUGUUCCAAAAUUUAUAGAUAAAAUUAAAAAGAUUAUUGAAGGAAUUACGAUUCUCCGUCAAGAGGCGGAUGUCAGAAUUUAUAGUUCUUCAGCAUUAUUCGUAUAUGAUGCGGAAGACCCUUCAAAAUUCGAUUGCAGACUUCUUGAUUUUGAAAAAACUUACUUCAACGUAGAAGUCUCGGCAAAAAGGUUCAAUGAGUCAAUAGAAGACUGUGAAGACUCAGUGAUUCCUGCCCUCGAAGAACUCGUACAUUGUUUGAAUGCAUUAUAA